UGUAAAACGCACGCGUUCUUCUAAUUUGUUGCUGAUGUUUUGGGAGUGGUUUUGUUUGUCAAUUUAACGCGUCUAUUUACCUUAAGAUUAUCUGCUAUCUACCGUCCCGGAUUACUGACGAUACCACAGAUGAAACCCUGGCAGAUAGCGCUGGUGGCUGUGGCCGCCGUUUACUUGUGUUCGCAAGUAAGCUUUGUCGCCGGAUUGGAGUGUUAUGUGUGCUCGAACCAGACGGGCAAUACGGAAAAGUGCCUGAACACCAUCAAGACCUGCGAGUCCUUCGAAGACACCUGUGGUACCGAAAUCCGCUGGGGAUCCCAGCCUUAUUUCUCGGAGGGAGCUCUAAAGCAGUAUUACGUGUCGAAGAGAUGCAUGACCAAGGACCAGUGCCAGUCCAAGAGAAAGAGAUACAUGCAGCUCUACUGCACCCACAUCUGGUACGAGGACUGGGCAUGCAACGAGUGCUGCCAGGGAGAUCGGUGCAACUACUUCGUGAUUAGUGCUGCUCCAUCAAGUCGAGGUUAUGGCGUCGGAGUGACCCUGGGGAUCACCCUUCUGAGUCUUGGAACUUGGCUCAUUUUACGCUCUUAGCCAAUAAAGUUAACCUACGCACAUUCCGGUUACUGUAAUAUUUCAAAAAGCCGUCCAUAAGCUAAGUUUAUAAACCGUCCAUUUCUGAAGAUCACAAGUGCCUUGACUUCAAUUACUUGAUUGACGCCUUUUAGAGUAGACUUUCCUCUCGAAUACUUUACCAAUUUUAGAUUUCUUAUAGAAGACUUUACACAUUUUAAAGCAAAUUUUAGAUACGCCGUCUGUUUCGUAGCAUUAAGAGAAAUUCAAAUUGUGUUACUUACACAGUUCACAAAAAAACAGGGUUUUCACUUGUUCAGCUCGUCUUACCCGUAUAUACCAUGUCAGUGCCUAAUUAAGAACCGAAAUAUGCCUUAUUCAUGUUUUAUACAAAUGACUAUUCUUUCAAGUUGAAUGUCCUGUGCAAUAAAUCCCCUUUGACGUCUUUUUGGCGCUUUAAUAUAUAAAUAUUACACACUUACACAUCAAAAGUA